AUGGCUCCAGCAGGGAAGCGAAAGAGGAAUGAUAGAAAUUCCGUAGACCAGGGUGAGCCUCGACCUUCACCUCAUCGACCGGGAAAUACUUCCUUAGGUCAGCAUGAAAGAGAAUUUGGUAUGCGCGAGGGCGGCAACAGAAGAAGCAGCAGAGGAGGUCAAGGUAAUCAAGGCGGAGGUAGAGGGCGUAGAAAUGAUGGUCGGAGUUCGAAUAAUUCGAAUAAUUCAAAUACUUCAAGCAAUUCGAGCAAUCCUAGUAACCUCUCGAUAGCUACCAGAGCCACCCCAACACCAGGACCAAUGUCUCCACCUCCCAGACCUUCGAGCGCUUCUCACACGACUCCAGCGCAAACUCCAACCCCAGUGAACACGAACGAUAUGAUCAGUCCCAGUUGGAACCCAGACCCUGCUCCUUUCGAUUACGUUUUCCUUACCGACGAUCAAAUGUCUUCAUGGACAUCAAAUGGCCGACAAGAAGUGGUGGAAAAGGGAAUCCAAGCUCGUCAGGAUGAAGAUACAAUGGAUUUGGCAACUGUGUUUCAAGAAUUCAUUCGCGCUACUCUCGAUGGUCGCAUUGAUGGCGCUGAUGCGGGCAAUUGCAUCAAAGAAAUAUUGGGACCAGACACAUCACCGGUAGACAGCGUCCCAGGCACCCUGGAACCGCAAGCUUUGUUCCUUGACUCUCUGUCUAUGAUGUUUGAAUUAGAAGAUCUCAAAACACCCAAUACUGCACUUCGCAGCUUCGUUUUCUCCACAGGCAUAUCAGCCAUGGCAAUGCGACAGAAAUUGGAUGCCACUCUUUUAUUGAACCUUGGACUCACGAGAGACACCUUUACACGCAUGGGAAUUCGACAAGCUACUCAUCUUCUCUACCGACAGGCAAACUACAAUCUUUUGAGGGAGGAGACGGAAGGAUAUUCGAAAUUGGUGACAGAGCUUUUCACAACUAGUGGGAGUGAACCUCCUUCUAGUGAGGUUGUUGAAGAUGCCUUCGAGAAAGUGAAAGGCCUGAUAGGAACUUUUGAUCUCGAUGUGGGAAGAGUGCUCGAUAUCACGUUGGACGUGUUUGCGGCUGUUCUAAUCAAACAAUUUCGUUUCUUCAUAAAGUUUCUCCGUGUUAGCUCUUGGUGGCCGAGAAGCGGCGAAUUCGAUAAGAUACCUCGAUGUGGUGGUCUUCCACCGUGGGCCUUACCCAGCGCUCCUGGUUGGACAUCAACCGACGAAGAGGAAGAACUUGCCACGAAUCAAAGGUUGGAACGCGACAAGUUAUUCUGGGAUCGGGCUCGUGAUGUUGGUAUUGAAGCGUUUUUCGAGCUCGGAGGUCGCCAACCUGUAGAUGCGGAGACGAAACAACGACUCCUCGAAGAGGAUGAUACAAAACUCGACGAAGAUUAUCAAUGGAUUAAAGCAACUGGAACUUAUCCACCUUCUGGAAACCGAACAGCAGCUCAGUUGCUUGGAUUUAAACUACGUUUCUACGCCUCAGCGGCCCGAGAUAAUGAAGACGUGUUGCCUGCGAAUUUGAUUUAUCUUACAGCUUUGCUGAUCAAGAUUGGGUUCAUCUCCCUCAAGGACCUCUACCCUCACUUGUGGCCUCUAGACGAGGACAUGGAAGCCGUUCGUGAUGCUAAGAUGAAAGAAAUCGAGGAGAGAGAGAAGGCUAGUCGUGGAGGCACAAUGAAUGCAUUGAUGAUGGCUGGAGCUUUGGUAGAUGAUACUUUGCCGAACGGGGGACGAACUCGUGAUACCCCAGCUACCAAAUCCGAUGCAUCUGGCAAGCCGAUAACUGAGGUUGAUGACAAAGACAAGCUGAAUGAACCUUCGGACCAAAAGGUGCAGCUUCUCACCUGUCUUCUGACGAUUGGAGCAAUUCCCGAAUCUCUGUUCAUUCUUGGUCGAUUCCCUUGGCUGCCAGAAGCGUACCCGGAACUUCUCGACUUAAUACAUCGUAUCUUGAAUCAUUCUAUUCAGCAUGUUUUUGAUUUAAGUCGACCAUCCACUUCAGCGGUACCGGACUGCCCAAGUAAGAAGGUUCUAGAUCCCGACCAAACUGGUAUGCCCAAGGGCUCAAUUCGUUUACUCGCACUGCCUCCUCGGAAACAAUUACGAUGGCCUUUCCCAGAUAAAUUCGACACAAAUGACAACAAUGCAUAUAGAUUCUACUGGGAUGAGUGGGCAGAUAACGUUCCUGUCUGCCAGACCGUAGAUGAUAUAUUCACUCUUUGCGGAUCUUUACUUAACUAUUCUGGUGUUAACAUUGGCAAAGACGCUAGCUUAUUGUCAAAGUUAGCCAGGAUUGGUACACAAAGUCUUGCAGAAGAUCGUUCAACACAAAAUUUUGACCGAUGGCAAGAUCUGCUCAAGCGUCUCCUUGUUCCAGCACUGAGCUUAACUAAAGCGAAUACAAGUAUUGUCAAUGAAGUGUAUGGUAUGCUCCGCUUUUAUCCUCUAUCUAUCAGAUAUUCCAUCUACGCAGAGUGGUUUGAGGGCCAGAUCUCUCGAUUACCACCGAUGAGAGCUGCAUUCGCCAAAACCAAAUCUGAGACAAUUAGUACUAUGAAAAGAAUUAGUAUGACUAAUCUUACUAUGAUGGCACGAGCUCUGGCCAAGAUUGCCUAUGCAUCGCCAGGCAUAGUAUUUAGUGUGGCUUUGGGCCAGAUAGAAGCAUACACCAAUCUUACGGAAGUUGUUGUGGAGUGCGGUAAAUACUUUACUGACUUAGGAUACGACGUUCUCGUUUGGUCGCUAUUGAGUUCACUAGGAGGAAAGGACAGGAAUCGGAACGACGCUGAAUUCGCACUCCUCCCAAGUAGAUGGCUUCUAGCACUGUCAAGAUUCUCUGGCAAAGUCUUCAAGCGAUAUUCUAUAAUGAACUUGAUUCCCCUCAUCCAGUACGUUAAUGAUCAACUUCACCUGGGAAACUCAACCGACUUGGUCAUUCUUAAGGAGCUCAUUUCACAAAUGUCUGGAAUUGUGCCCGACACCGAUUUUAACGAUUCUCAACUCGCUGCCAUGACUGGAGACGAGCUUCUAAGGCGCCAGACGUUGAUCAAACUCCAAGAUAAACGUUACGAAUCUCUGAAGACAGCAAAGCGACUUAUGAGAGGUCUGACUGACACCAAGUUGGGUGGUCAACUUCUGCUGUCCAUUGCACAGCACAGACAAUCGGCGAUCUAUAAUGUCUCGGAUGAUGAGGCUCCUAUCAAACUACUAGCUACGAUGAUUGAUGAUACUCAAAUGAUCCUCUUCCAAUAUCUUGAUCUUCUUCGCAGCAACCUUUCAAUUGAGGAGUUCGAUGAUCUCGUCCCAGGCAUUUCCGAACUCAUGAAAGAUUUUGGCUUAGACCCAACACUUGCCUUCAUGAUCGGUCGUCUAAGUAUCUCACAUCGCGUCAGCAAGUUACUAUCCUCAAAUAUCAAUGCAAAUUCGAAGUCUUCACCGUCAUCAGUGGAGGCUGUAGCCACAGAGGUAGAUGCAGAAGGUGAUGUGGGUAUGAACGGCGAUGAUCCAAACCCUGCGGCCAAAGAAUCUAUAGCAGUUAAUGGAGAAUCUACCCUGCAGGACGAUGUACAGAUGUCAGAUGUAAAGGGAGGAGAUUCUCCAUCGGAAACAGCAGCAACAGAAACGGAUUCGCUUCAUGAUCUACUGCAGCCAUAUAUCACUACUGUCGAGGAGGUCCUGCCUGAAGGCUCUUGGGCAUUUCUCACUUCUGAAUUCUACGUUGUAUUCUGGAGCUCUACAUUAAGCGACCUGGCUAUUCCUAGUCAUAGCUACGAAGCAGAAAUCUCCCGUCUGCUGAAAGAACAAGGUGAUGUAAUGAAGGACCGUUCAGACAUGAGUAGAGCUGGCAUGGCAAGAAAAGAAGAAACUAGAAAGGCUCUGGCCACAACCAGGGAAAAUUUGCUGGCAGAGUUUGGCAAACAAGUCGGGGCUUUCUCGGGGAAGAAGAAUCGUCUGCUAAAACGCAAAAACUUAUGGUUUAGCAACGUGAAGGGCGAUCUAGUUAGCGACUCCUUCCUUGAAAGAUGCUUGUUUCCACGAUUAUUACUCUCUCCAAGCGAUGCAGACUUCUCUUUCCGGAUGAUCAAGUUCUUGCACGAGAAUGGUACACCCAACUUCCGCACCCUUUCGCUAUAUUCCAGGCUUUUUAGAUCAAAUCGUUUGAGGUCAAUGAUUUUUACAUCUACGGUUCGUGAGGCGGAGAACCUGGGUCGUUUUCUGAGACUGGUCUUGACGGAUCUGGCCCGCUGGCAUGGUGAUCAGGGAGUAUACGAAAAAGAAGCGUGGGGAGCAAAUAAGAAUCUUCCAGGAUUUGCUAAGGCUAUUGAUGCAGAUGGGACUGUAAAGGGCCUCCUUGAGCAUGACGGUGAUCGUGGUUUCAAAAAUAUCCUGUACUCGUGGCACCAAAAGCUGAAUGUGGCACUGCGCGAAUGUUUCGAUGGAACGGAAUGGAUGCAUGUUCGAAACGCUAUGACAAUUCUUAAAUCUGUUGUCGACGUUUUCCCAGCGGUUAACUUCAUGGGCAACAGUUUUGUGAAACAGCUCGAGACAAUUGUCACCCGAGAGAAGGGUGCACGGGAAGAUCUUUCUCUUGCUGGUAAUGCCAUCCUGGUGCAGCUAAAGAAGAAGUCCAAGUCAUGGGUGAUGGUACAAGCCUUUGGUUACAGCCUGGAGGCCCCUGUGCAAGCGAAUAACAGCCCCUCAUUAGAUGCCUCUAAGCAAGGACCUGCGGCUAAAACAACUUUGAAGCCCACAGCUCCUGAGUUCAAACCCCUAUCUCGAGCUAACUCCACGGGAGCCUCUACCCCCAAAAACUUCACCACUGAGGUCGAAGACGGUGAAGUUGAUGAUGCAAAACUGGCUUCCGCAGCUGAUAAUGGCAACGCGUUGAAAGAGCCAUCUGAUAAUUCUAGUGUCAACGAUAAAGCAUCGUCGGUACCCGGUGAAGGGAGGAAGUCCGAAAUAUUACUAAGACGCGAGAGAAUCUUGCGUGAAAAUGCAGCUAGAGCUUCGGCCCCAAAUUCAGCACCUGCUAACAUACCUGCAAGACCUGAAUUAGGGAGAAACAUGCCGGCAAAUCAUAACCUACCCAAUAGGCCUGAUGCCCCCAUCCCUGGCCGCCAAAUGAUGGAUCGUCGGAAUGACGAUAGACGAGACAUGAGAGAUCCCAGAGUUACAGAGCUGGUCCGAGAUAGAACCAGGGAUCGCGGUCGUGACUUCCCCCCAGGCGACAGGAGGGGUAUGGAUACCCCACCAAGAGAUUUCAGAAACAACGAUCGUGCAUCAAACAACGAACGUGAACGUCCCCGAGGAGAUUCGAAUCCGAGAUGGAAUAAUGAACCAGGAAGAGAUAAUACGGAUCGGGCUUCAUCUAAUGGGUACCGUACUCCAGAUAAUGGCGGUCGUUUGUCCCGUGAAGCAGCAAUUUCCCCACCAAAAGCAUCGUCUACAUCAGAUCGUGGCCCAGCAAUCAAUCCCGAUAGAUUAGCGCUAGUGAACCCAGAUAGGCAAGAAUUAAUCAAUCCUGAACGGGCCGCUCUAAUAUCCGGUGGUAAUGAGCCAUCUCGCGCUGAUUCUCCUCGUCGACCCAGAGAUGAUACAAGAGAGCGUCCUUCGAGGCAAAAUUCCCCACCUCCAAGACGACAUGAUUCCGAAAAGGAUCAUCAACAUCCACGGCGUGAUGACAGAUCGAAUCGAAAUACACCCAUGGAUCCACAAAAUAUUCCCAGAGGUCGUGCUGACGAAAUUGCACCACCACCAGCUGGUCCAAGAGGAGAGAGGCCAGCUGAUCGAGCGAGCGACCGAGUCCCUCCUCAAGAUAGAUCAAGGGACAAUCCGUCCUUUCAACAAUCUCAACCUCCUCCCCGUCCUGCGGACCCCGAUCAUGGCAGACUAAAUAGAUCACAAGUAGAUCCGAACUUCGGUCGCUUGAAUCAGCAACCAGACAUACCGUCUGGGCCUCGUGAUAGAAAUCGUGGCAAUAAUAGGAUGGCGAGUGCACCACAAGGGCGACGUGAUGGAAGAUUGGCCAAUGCUCCUGCACUUGACAUUCCUCGGCCACCAAGUCCAGAUAAACAACCUCCCACAGGCCCUUCUGGUGGACGCCAUCCGCGACGCUUAGGCCCAGGUCAAAUUGAACCAACGGCGUCUGUACACACUACAGCACCUACAACGUCCGCUGCAUCGACUCCAACAUCAGGAGUCCAUCCAGAUCGAUUGAAACACUUGGGUCCACAAGCCACUCAGCCACCUAUGCAAGCACCACCGGCUGCUACAGCUGCUCCUAGCGGUAUGCAUCCCGAUAGAGUAAGGAGCUUUGGCGGUCAAGCAGCCGCGGCAAACAUCCCACCCUCCCAUCAAGAUAGCGCGCGUGCAAGACCAACUGCACCACCUCUUCAAACACAAGUUGCCCCCCUCGGCCCCAAAUCCCAAGCUCAGAACAGUCCUGUUUCUCGAAUGAAUGGUGCGCCAACCGGACCUGCAUCAUCAAAUGAGCGUCCACCACGUGGCGCACGACAGCCAAAUUUAAUCAACAAUAUCAACCGUAUGCUUGAAGAAACCAAACAUCCGCAAGGUCAAGAACGUCGUGGAAGACGGCAAGGAGGUCAACCUCAAACACCAGUUUCUGGUCCCCCUACACCGAUUCUCCCGCCUCCACCACCUCCCCCACCAGGUCCACCCCCCGCACAAGCUAGGGAUUCUGGAAGAGACUUGAUAAAUCCUGCUCGUGCUGAUUUAAUUGGAAAUCCCGCAUCGAGCAACGACGAUCGCGAUCGUGGUGAUCGAGGAGGACGUGGUUCGAGGAAUGAUCGAUCUACGCGCAGUCGUCGGACUUCACCUAGCGAUCGAAAUAGGGAACAGAAGCGUGGUGGCCCUCCGGAAGAUGAACGCUCAUCCAGGAGUGAACACAGGAUUCGCGGAGGCGAUAGAGAGUCCAGGGAUUCAGACAGGCACUCUAGAGGGGAUCCUUCUGCUACUAGGGACUUGUUAGCUGGUGGUGGAAGAGGAGAAAGGGAGCAUCGCGAUAGAGAUAGUAGUCGUCGAGAUGCGCAUGGCGGAGAUCGUGAUUCUCAACGUGAUCAGCAUGAGGGCAAUAUCGGUGGUAACUGGCCAAACCACCCUGAUAACAGAGGAGUGGAGAGGGGAGGAGACCGAAGAAACCAACGAUCGGACAGAUCUGAUAGAAGUGAACGUGAUGGACGAGGUAUGCGGGAAGAUGGAGGUAGUGGCAGGAAGAGAAGAAGUGAUCAAGAUAGCAUGAGGGAAGGUGGUCAUGACAAAAGACCGAGGAGAUAG